CAAACUUGGAGCCACCAUAUGCCAUGACGUCGUCGAUGGGUAAUGAUACGAAAACUGAGAGCUAUUCGUAUCCAUUCGCGGAUUUGGCGGACGAACGGACGCAGGAUUGGCCACUGGUCAAAUCGCCGUGGAAUAUUAUCGCACUGCUUGCCCUCUAUUUACUUAUGGUGCGCUAUGCGCCCAAAUGGACAGCCAGAUGCAAGCCGCUGCAGUUGAGAGUGCCCUUGUUUUGUCACAGCUUGGCAAUGAUAUUUCUCAAUGGUUAUAUUUGCCUGGAGUUCCUGACGGCUUCACUAAGUCUUGGCUACAACUUCGCAUGUCAGGAGUGUCGGGUGAGCCAUGAUCCACAUGAAAUCCGGAUAGCGGCAGCUAUGUGGUGGUUUUACAUCUCAAAGAUACUGGAAUUCGUAGACACGGCAUUCUUCAUCUUGCGCCACAAAUGGAACCAGCUGAGCUUCCUACAUGUGUACCACCAUAGCACCAUGUUCUUGUUUUGCUGGACUUAUGUCAAAUGGCUGCCGACGGGUUCAACCUUUUUUCCAAGCAUGAUAAACUCUUUUGUGCACGUGAUUAUGUACAGCUAUUAUGCAUUGAGUGUGCUGGGUCCUCGAGUCCAGAGGUUCCUCUGGUGGAAGCGCUACUUAACUGGCCUCCAGCUGGUCCAGUUUACCAUUAUCUUCUUUUGGGCAUCACAAUUAGUUUUCCGGGGCUGUGAGUACGGAAAAUGGUUAACGCCAAUCGGAGCUGCCUAUAUGGUGCCAUUUCUCUUUAUGUUCGGUAGGUUCUAUGCUCAAAAAUACUGUGUUUCGGCAGUUGUAAAGAAAGCCAAGUAAAUAUAGC